GAUUUUUUUUUUCCAACUGUGGCGUCAUCAACUUUCCCCCCACUGCCGUGUCACAUCGACAUCAUGGCGUAGCGAUGCGGAGGAACUGGGGUUUUCUCUGGUGGGUACGGAGAAGUUCAGAAACUGUGGAGUUUCACUUUAUCAUAAGGAAAUCAAAUUAACGGAAAAGCCAGUUCCUUCGACCAGAGUGGAGGUUCACCAGUGACUGAAGAUGAUGUCUGACGCCAGCGACAUGUUGGCGGCUGCCUUGGAGCAGAUGGAUGGGAUAAUAGCAGGCUCAAAGGCCUUGGACUAUUCCAACGGUCUGUUUGACUGUCAGUCGCCUACCUCUCCGUUCAUGGGAAGCCUGCGGGCGCUCCACCUAUUGGAGGACCUGCGGAGUGUGAUUGAGUUAAUGGACACAGAGGAAAGGGAAAGUCUCCGCUGCCAGAUCCCCGACUCCACCGCUGACAGUCUGGUGGAGUGGCUUCAUGGUAACCUGUCCAAUGGGCACAUCUCUCUGGGUGGGGGUGACCACUACCAAGAAAGGCUGUCAAGACUAGAAGGCGACAAGGAGUCUCUGGUGCUUCAGGUGAGUGUGCUGACUGACCAGGUGGAGGCGCAGGGAGAGAAGAUUCGUGAUCUGGACAUAUGUUUGGAUGAGCACAGGGAGAAACUCAACGCCACAGAGGAGAUGCUGCAGCAGGAGCUUCUGUGCAGAACGGCUCUGGAGACGCAGAAACUCGAGUUAAUGUCUGAAGUGUCCAACCUCAAGUUGAAGCUCAACUCUUUGGACAAGGACAGACUGGACUUUGACCGAUUUAGGGACAGUGAGGAUUUAAUUCUUGAAAUUAAUGAACUUCGGUACAGACUGACAGAGCUGGACAGUGAAAAACUGCAGUAUGAAAAGAAACUUAAGUCCACAAAGGAGGAGUUGUCGUCUUUGAGGAGACAGCUGGAGGGCAAAGAUGGUGAAAUGAGGAGACUACAGGAUGACACGGCCUUCAAACCUGUUGUAACAAGUAGCCAUGAUGGCCUAGAAAGAGUGUCUCAUCCAGAUGAAACGCUUAGAAAGAGGCUGAAAGAAAAGCAUGUGGAAGUGCAAAGAAUGAAAAAGGCGGUUGAAUCACUAAUGGCAGCAAAUGAAGAAAAGGAUCGUAAGAUAGAGGAGCUCAAACAGUCGCUUUUGCGGUACAAGAAAGUUCAAGACAUGGUGAUGUCGGUACAAGGGAAAAAAGAGAAAACAAAAGAUGCCGAGCGGCUUGAGAGUCCCGGCGAUGGAUCCAAUCUGCUCUUGUCUGGCAGCUCUGACUCUGUGGAAUCUGAAAAGCAAGACAUUACAGAUGUUGAACAGCUGCAAACAAAGAAGCCAGACGAGCCGGAAAGACUCAGUGGACUGAGUGAAGACUCGUCGCCCUCUCCCAGCCCAGCUGAUCCAGUUCAUCCAUCAGAGCACGCACAGACAGAGGGCCAAAGUAAUCACAAACUGAGCAAAAAUGACAGCCAGGCCCAGUUAGAAGACAGCAACAAUGAAGUGUCUACAAGUGAAGAAAACUGUAAAAUGAGUGAAAAGCCACCUAUGAAUCCCUCUGCCACCUUGCCUGCCUCCAUCACAGACGACAGCUUUGGUUCCAGAAAGGCUCGCUCGUCUUUUGGAAAAGGUUUCUUCAAGCUCCGCGGAGGGAAGAAAACAUCCAGCAGCCCUAACCUCGACCGCAGCAGGAGUGCAAGUGCGCCUAUGCUAGCUGAAACAGAGCGACAGGGCACCGACCAUCUGGACCUCGCCGGAGUGCCACAGAGGUCAUCCAACAGCGACAGCACACACACGCUUCCUACAACCCCAGAAAGCAGGAAGAAGUCAAAAGGCAUAAAAAAACUCUUUGGGAAGCUUAAGCGGAGUCAGUCGACCACAUUUAACCUGGAUGACAACCUCCCAGAGGGAGAGUUCAAGCGAGGCGGAGUGCGAGCCACAGCGGGACCCAGACUGGGUUGGUCUCGUGAUUUCCAGCGAGUCAACAAUGAAGUGGAUGCUCCGUUUGCGCGCUGGUCAAAGGAUCAGGUCUGUGACUGGCUGCAGGAGCAGGGCCUGGGCCUUUACGUCAACAUGGCCCGUGUGUGGAUUCACUCGGGACAGACUCUGCUGCAGGCGUCGCAGCAAGACCUCGAGAGGGAGCUGGGCAUCAAGCAGCCACUGCACAGAAAGAAGCUGCAGCUCGCUUUGCAGGCCCUCGGCUCAGAGGAGGAGGAUAAUAAGGGAAAGCUGGACUACAACUGGGUGACUAGGUGGUUGGACGACAUCGGUCUACCUCAGUAUAAAACCCAGUUUGAUGAAGCCAGAGUUGAUGGUCGAAUGCUUCACUAUAUGACAGUGGACGACCUGCUCUCCCUGAAGGUGGGAAGUGUCCUGCAUCACCUCAGCAUCAAGAGAGCAAUUCAGGUUCUUCGACUCAACAACUACGAGCCCAACUGUUUGCGGCGCAGACCGUCAGAUGAGAACAACAUUUCACCUGCAGAGAUUUCCCAGUGGACCAACCACAGGGUGAUGGAAUGGCUUCGAUCUGUCGACCUCGCCGAGUACGCUCCCAACCUCAGAGGCAGUGGCGUCCACGGAGGCCUGAUGGUUCUGGAGCCCCGGUUCAAUGUGGAGACCAUGGCUCUGCUGCUGAACAUCCCCCCUAAUAAGACUCUGCUGCGUCGCCACCUGGCCACACAUUUCAGUCUGCUGAUUGGCUCAGAGGCCCAGCAGCUCAAACAGGAAUGUCUGGAGAACCCAGACUACACGUUGCUCACUGCCACCACCAAAGUCAAGCCAAGGAAGCUGUCAUUUGGUAACUUUGGGAUGAGGAAGAAGAAGCAGGAGGAAAAUGAGGAGUAUGUGUGCCCAAUGGAUGUGGAGAUGCCAAAAGGUCGAAGCUUCCAGAAAGGCUUUGAGCUCCAGAUCUAUGAGGACGACCUGGACAGGCUGGAGCAGAUGGAGGACUCUGAGGGGACGGUGAGACAAAUCGGGGCCUUCUCUGAGGGAAUCCAGAACCUGACGAGCAUGCUGAAAGAUGAUGAAUUCUUUAAAGAGAUGUCGAACUCUCCGAACCCCAGCGUAACGGAUGAGGAAUCCAACGCAUGAGAGCGUCUGGGUCUGACCUGAUCUUGCUGUGAAUGAAACUCUGGGCCAACCCUUCUCUCCUGCACGCUGCACCAGUAAACCCAGCUAACGACCCCCAUUUCCUUUUAGUGUUAAAGAGCCAAAAGUGUUGCAGCUUCCUCAGUUAUACGGAGCGUCAUGGCGAGAGCCUUCAGUCCAUUUGUCACAGUUACUGAUGUCCGAGGGAACACAUAGGAUGACACCACUGUUUUCCUGCCAGCUGGUUUCUGGAAAUAUUUUGUACUCUGUGAUAUAGAAACUGUGUUUUGAUUCUGAGAGCGUCAACCAGCAAGAAAGGCCAUGAAAAUAUGAUUUUAUAUAUUUUAAUAUAUGACUUUUAGUUGCCUUCUGACUUUAAAAAUUGAAAGAAAGACGUGGGCUUUGCUGAACCGAAGAAGCAAUUCUGAAAGUAGGUCUAAAACAAUAACUGCAGCUGCUAUGUUUGUUUUUUACACAACUAAACCUUGCUGAUCGAACAAUAAUGGUCUUGUAUUUUAUCUAUUUUAUGAAGAUUUGUAUGCUCCUGCAUUUGCACAUACAAUACAUUCGAAUUACCAAGUCUGAAGAUCAUAUCAUUGCAUGAUGUCUGAAUUCAACACGUUUGUAUUUUACUCUUCAUCCUGGAAGGAUUUUGGAAACCUGUUGGGUUGUUCCUGCGACUAUGUACUCUGAGAAAAUAUCAUAUUUUGUUUAAAUAUUGUAAUUUGACUCUUUAUUAUAUCAUAAGAUAUACAUUUCUAAACUCAGUUAUUGAGCUCAAUAAACUAAUUUAAGUCAA